UUCAACCGUCUGUCAUCAUUCAGUCAGUAUGGAGCUCAGUCAACUUCCUCUUGUGCUCUUGCUGCUUUCAAACAUUCAUUCUGGACACACUGAAGAAAGACCAAAAGCCAAAGUAAGCAUUAAACCUGAUCAACAUGUAUUCAGAGGAGACACAGUCACUCUCCGAUGUGAUAUUGAUGGUGAAGGAGUCACUAGCUGGCAGUACAGCUGGUAUAAAGACGGUUCAGUCAGUGUUUUCAGUGAACUACAGGAACACACAUUCAGUCCUGUUACUGAGUCUGAUGCAGGUAAAUACUUCUGUUAUGGAGCAGAGAGAGGAGGAUCGCGCAGGUCACAACACAGUGAUGCACUUACACUGACAGUAUCGGAUUUUCCCAAACCAACUGUGACUGUUGAGCCACAGAGUUCAGUGUUCACUGGAGACACAGUUACUCUAAGAUGUGAGGUGGAUCAAACUUGGGUUAAAUGGAAGUUUCUCUGGACAAAAGCUAUGGACUCAAAAACUGAAUUGACUGAAGCUCCAACUAAAACAAUCGAUUCUGUGAAAGUCUCUGAUGGAGGCGAGUACAGGUGCAGAGCACGAAGAGAAGGAUAUUACACACAUGACAGUGAACCAGCAACAGUGACAAUAUAUGAAAGACCAAAAGCCAAAGUGACCAUUAAACCUGAUCAACAUGUAUUCAGAGGAGAGACAGUCACUCUCAGAUGUGACAUUGAUGGUGAAGGAGUCACUAGCUGGCAGUACAGCUGGUAUAAAGACGGUUCAGCUAAUGCUUUUAGUGAACUACAGGAACACACAUUCAGGUCUGUUACGGAGUCUGAUGCAGGUAAAUACUUGUGUUAUGGAGCAGAGAGAGGAGGAUCACGCAGCUCACAAAACAGUGAUGCACUUAGACUGACAGUAUCAGAUCUCAGAGAAGUUUUAAGUGUUUCUCCACAGAAGUGGGUGACUGAAGGAGAUCCAGUGACUCUGAUCUGUGAGGUUAACAGCUCCUCUAAAGACUGGACAUUUAGCUGGUACGCUGUAACGAUUUCAUCUGACUGCAGUCAUCAUUAUAAGCUGCUCUCAGACAGCAGUAGAGGAGCUGGAGGGAUCUACACUGUCAGUUCUGCUGCUCUAAAUCACUCAGGAGUUUAUGUAUGCAGGGCAGAGAGAAGAAAACCAUCUUAUUAUACAACCAUCAGCAAAACACAACCACUAUGGGUCACUGGUUGUUCUCCUCCAGUCUCUCUGAUCAUCAGUCCCAGCAGAACUCAACACUUCACAUCUGUCUCUCUCUCUCUGAGCUGUGAGGACCAGAGUAACUCUGAUAGAUGGAGAGUGAGAAGAUACACAGAGAGUUGGGGGCUGCAAGAUUGUUCGUCAUCACUGUGGGGAUCACAAACAGGAUCUACAUGUACAAUCAGCUCGAUUAUUGCUUCAGACACUGGCGUGUACUGGUGUCAGUCUGAAUCUGGAGAAAAAUAUCAUCCUGUUAAUAUCACUGUACACUUUUUUGUGAUUCUGGAGAGUCCUGUUCAUCCUGUGACUGAAGGAGAUACUCUGACUCUACGCUGUUUAAAUCAACAUUCAACCCCACCAAACCUCAGAGCUGAUUUCUACAAAGAUGGAUCACUCAUUCAGAAUCAAACUACAGAGAUGAUCAUCUCUAAUGUCUCAAAGUCACAUGAGGGUUUCUACUACUGCAAACACCCAGAGAGAGGAGAGUCACCCAAGAGCUGGAUCUCUGUUAGAGGAGUCUCAAAUGAAUGCUGCUGUAAAUUGUCUCAUUCAGAAUCUCAGAUCUCUGUCCUCCACACACUCAGUUCUGUACUGGCAGUUUGUCCAUAUCUGAUAGUGACUGUCGUGCUGAUUUUCAAAUGCUGCAGGAUGAGAGUUUCAUGUUGAAGAGGAAGAAACUUUAAUUUAAUCUGUUGUGAUGGUGAGAAAAUCAACUUCAUCUUAAAUGCAG